AUGUUGGGUAUAACAGAAGUUAUUGAAAAUCUUUAUAUCUCUGGUCUUGAAUCUCGUCAAGCAAUAUUAAAUAAAGGUAUUCGUUGCGUUAUCAACAUAUCAUCCGAAUGUCCCGUACAAGAUCUCGGUCCGUCAGUUGAAUACGAAAAAGUCAGCAUACAUGAUGUGCCAACAACAUCUAUACAUCCGCAUUUCGAUCGACUAACCGAUCGUAUACAUCAAAAUUUACAACAAGGAAAGAAAACACUUGUCCAUUGUUAUGUUGGACGGUCAAGAUCAGCAACGAUUAUUUUAGCUUAUUUAAUGAAAUACAAACAAAUGCCAUUACGUGAUGCAUUCCAUUAUUUACGUUCUCGUCGACAUAUUAUUGGACCGAACUUUGGAUUUAUUAAACAAUUAAUUGCAUACGAAAAGUCUUUAUUUGGUUAUACAACCGUUUCGUUUGUGAAUACAUCAUUUGGUGCUGUACCUGACAUAUAUGUGACAACAUCUGCGUCCGCUCCUCGACGACCAUUAGCAGCAACAAACACUAUACCAGUCCAAAGAUCGACAACGACUUCGAAUACAUUGGCUCGCCCACGAUCGACAUCGAGACCAGCAUUAAGUUUCUCUCCGACCCGUUCGACAUUUGCCUAUUCAUCAUCACCUUCCUUAGCUUUGCAACCACGGCAAACAUCAUUUCACCAACGGACAACUGCAAGCGCAUCACCGACUCGCUCACCCACUAUAUCGAACUAUUCUAAUAGAUACAAUCUUGGUGUCACGAAUAGCAAUCCUAAUAGUACGAAUAAUCGUCCGAUAACAGCCUCUUCCAGUUAUCAAAUACCGAUUAAUGUUAGUUAUCGAAGUACGUCGUCCAUACGACAACCAUUUGAGCCGACUCGUAUGACUUCGACAAUCAAUAAGCCGUAUGCAGUAACGCGUGAAUUCUCCAUACCAGCGAAAAUGGUUAAUCCAGUGCGAAAUGUUUCCUACGUUCCAUCAUCGUAUAAUCGUUACCAUUAA